AUGUCAAUUGCCAAAUGUCUCGCAGAAGACGUUGAUUUAAGACACCUGGAUCAAAUUGAGCAAUGUUUUAUAGCUGGCGGAUGCGAUGCGAUUGAUUCCACUGUAUCGGCGGUAUGGUUUUCAUAUGAAUGUAAUGAUCACCAGGGAUCGGUUGAGGAGGUUAUGAAGGAAGAUUUACGCAAGCGAGCCACCGAAAGCAGCUCGACUUCAGAAAGCACUACAGAAUCUACAACAACGGCUUCAAGUUCGACUUUGAGUUCUGCCAGUACAACUGCAGCCACAACCACGAUCUCUGCUUCCACAAGCGCUUCAGCUUCAACCUCAUCCUCGACUUCAGCAGCCUCAUCCACAACCACUACGACUUCAUCAUCUACAACUACAAGCGCCUCUGCUUCUACUACCACAAGUACGACUUCGUCUACAUCAGGCACAACUACUAGUGCGACGAGUAGCGGGACUGGGACUUCCACAAGCUCCCUUGCCUGCUCCACAACAUCCUAUUAUUCUACGAGCGUAUGCUCAUAUGGAAGUGGAGCAUCCACAGGUGUGACUCUUGGAUGCGUCACUACAUCACUCGCUUCCUCAACUUGUGCAUCCGGAGUUCUGUGUACGACUGCAGCCUCUGGAGACGAUAUAUGCAUGGAAAUCGACAAUGAUCUUACCACAUCUGGUUUGGCAGUCACAAUAUUUUUCGCAGUUAGCAUUAGCGCAUUUCUCAUUGGACUUUUGAUAAUUGGAUGCAAAGAUCGUCGAGCCGCCAAGAAGCUCCAAGCUGAGCGUGUAGCGCUCCUUGAUGCAGAGAGUAAGGAGGCAAUGCAGCCACAUAAUCAAAAGAGAUCUAAGUCAGUCGCACAGCCAGAUGCCUUUGGACACUCAGAAGCGGACUUGCCUUUGAUUAUUGAGCCCAGUCAUUAG